AUCUCUUGGUGAAAGACAGAGCCAAGGAUUUAAAGAUCACUUUUUUUACAUUUAAUAACAUACAACUUCUCUAUACUCUAUACUUUUGUAAAUAAUUUCAUCCGAGAUUUUGGAAGUUGUGAUAACACGACAAUGCUGCCCGACUGUGGGCUGCCUACGAUACCGCUAGCUCUACUUCUGCUAAUCGGCCCUCCAGUGGUCAGAGGGCAAAAUGACACGGAGCCCAUUGUGCUAGAAGGUAAAUGUCUGGUGGUUUGCGACUCAACCCCGUCUUCAGAACCGGCAGGGAAUGCGCUGGGCAUGUCUGUGCGUUCAGGUACUGGCCGUGUGGCCUUCUCUGCCACUCGCCAGACCAACCACGAGCCCACUGACAUGAGCAACCGCACCAUGAUCAUAUAUUUUGACCAGAUCUUGGUGAAUGUGGGUGGACAUUUUGACCAGGAGAGCAGUAUCUUCCUUGCUCCUAGACGAGGAGUGUACAGCUUCAAUUUCCAUGUGGUGAAGGCAUACAACAGACAAACCAUACAGGUGAGCUUGAUGUUGAACGGAUGGCCGAUGAUCUCAGCCUUUGCUGGAGACCAGGAUGUGACACGAGAAGCUGCCACGAAUGCUGGGCUUGUGAUCAUGGAAAGAGGAGACAAGGCUUACCUCAAGCUAGAAAGGGGAAACCUGAUGGGAGGCUGGAAGUACUCAACUUUUUCAGGUUUCCUGGUCUUCCCCUUAUAAAGGAUGGCCAUAUGGUGAAGGGAAGAGCUGGGAAGUGAGAAGGAUAGAGGGUUGCGUGUUUUUUUUUAAACAGUUGUUGGAGCAGAGAAAAUGCAGAAAAUGAGAAGUUGCAAAUAAUUAUAUGAUAUUAUUUAUAUUUAAAGAUUUAAAUGAUUUAUAAUUAUUUCUGAACAUUACUUGUAAUAUAAAUUAUAUAUAAAUUAUAUUCUACCUGACAUAAGUUUGGAAACAUUAAAUUUUUCAGUGUUUUUUUUUUAAGUCCCCAAGAAAUCAAAACCAACCAUAUGAUUUUGUUUGCUCACAUUGCUAGUUUAUUGGUGAACAAUUCAUCUGUGCAUGUCACUAAGAAAGUAAAAACAGUUUGCCCUUCUAAUCCUUAAUUGAAAUCUGAAAAUGCACUUCCUGUUUGUUAUCAGUUAAAUUGUCAGAUUACGUACAUUUUAGCAAAUGGGCGUGGCUAACAUACUUUACAAUGCUGCUCCAGCUCUCAGUUUUGACAACAAACUGAAAUGUUAAGGAGGAGGUGUCUUGUUAGGUUGUAAUAACUCUCCCCAAACCCUUUUCCUGAUCUUUCUGAAAGAAAUGCCUACUUUACUUUAUCCAUUCAGUUCGCAGUAGAAAAACAAGCCACGCCCACUGUUGUUUCAUUUAAUAUUACGUUUCUCUACGAAUUGCGUAACAAUACAAAGAAAAAAAUAUAGUCGCAACUUCCAGUUCAUGGGGACUGUAAAGUUAAUUCUGUUCAUUGAGGCAUUUAUUUGAUCUGAAAUUAAUAAUAAAAGACAUAUUGGGAACUAUUAUUUGAAUGUAACGAUCUUUCAGAAAUCAGUCUAAUAUGCUAACUUGCU